AUUCAUUAAAAAAUAUUCAAUUUUCUUGUUUAAUUUCAAACUAUUCAUUUUAUUUUACGUUCAUUGUUUUUUGUGCAACUUAAUUUAUUCAUUAGUAAUCUGUAAUGGCUACUAGUCUUAUGGCACGUUUGGUUCAAACAUUAUCAAUUGAUCGUAAUGAGAUCCUCGUGUUCUUUUCAAGUGUUGAAACUCAUGGGAAAAGAAUCCUUCAAUCUCAGCAACUACUUGCUGAAUUAAAAAAGCUGAAUCUUGCUGAUGGAAUUUUCGUUGAAGUUAUUAAGUCCACUCAGGAAGCAAUAGUUUUACCUCCAUCAAUUGCACUUGCUAUUCGUCAUGGUCCUGGUCUAUGGAAUUACAUCUCAUUUGACAUUAGGAAUGCUGUCUUCACUGAACUCACUACUUCAGAAUUUUUGAUCUUCAAAGAAAUGGUGGUUCAAGACAACUUAAAUGAAAAAUUUGUACUUGAACUGAAAUUUGAGCCAUCCCUUAGAUCAUCAAACAUUCCAGGUCUUCCCAAGUUGAUUGGUAAUGGUGUUGAGUUUCUUAACCGCGACCUCUCUUCUAAGAUGUUUUGUGACAGAACAAACAUGGUUUGUCUUCUUGAUUUUCUUCGAGAUCACCAUCAUAAUGAAAAGUCCUUAAUGUUGAAUGACAAAAUACAGAACCUAAAUGAACUUAAGGCUGCCUUGCUGAAGGCAGAGGAUUAUCUAUUUACCCUUCAUCCUACUACUCCUUACACAGAAUUCGAGCAUUCCCUCCAAGAGAUUGGGUUCGAGAGAGGAUGGGGCGACAAUGCUGAACGAUCUCUAGAUACGAUCAAUCUUCUUCUAAACCUCGUGAACGCUCCUGAUCCAUCCACUCUAGACAAGUUUCUUACCAAAAUCCCUUUGAUUUUUAAUGUUGUGAUUCUGUCGCCUCAUGGGUUCUUCGCGCAGGAGAAUGUCUUAGGCUUUCCAGAUACUGGCGGCCAGGUGGUGUAUAUCUUGGAUCAAGUUCGUGCAUUAGAGGUUGAAAUAAUAAACCAAAUUCAGCAGCAGGGACUCGACAUAACUCCUCGAAUCCUCAUUGUCACUCGCCUGCUUCCAGAUGUGCCGGGCACUACCUGUGGUGAGCGCCUCGAGAGGGUUCAUGGGACACAGAACUGUGACAUAAUUCGGGUGCCCUUCAGAACAGAGAAAGGGAUGGUUAGGAGAUGGAUAUCAAGAUUCGACGUUUGGCCUUACCUAAACACAUUUGCUAAGGAUGUGGAAACUGAAAUUUUCAAAGAGUUGCAAACCAAGCCUAAUUUGAUCAUAGGAAACUACAGUGAUGGAAAUAUUGUUGCCACACUUUUGGCACAAAAACUAGAUGUUACACUGGGAACGAUUGCACACGCACUAGAGAAGACAAAAUAUGUGAAUUCAGACCUACAUUGGAAAAACUUCGAGGAUAAGUACCAUUUUUCGUCUCAGUUCACAGCCGAUCUUAUUGCCAUGAACUAUACGGAUUUCAUCAUCACUAGUUCUUUUCAAGAAAUAGCCGGAAGUAAGAACACAGUUGGACAAUAUGAAUCUCACACAGCAUUCACUCUUCCAGGAUUGUACCGAGUUGUUGAUGGAAUCAAUGUCCUUGAUCCCAAAUUCAACAUUGUACCACCAGGUGCUGAUACGUCGAUUUACUUCCCCUACACCGAAAAGGAGAAAAGACUCGCUCAUCUUCACCCGAUUCUUGAAGAAAUGCUUUUCGGCUUAGUUGAAGAUCAAGAACACAUGUGCGUGCUCAAGAACCGAUACAAGCCAAUCAUAUUCUCGAUGGCAAGACUAGAUCGAGUUAAAAACAUUACAGGGCUUGUUGAGUGGUAUGGUAAGAACAAGAGGCUUCGAGAAUUGGUAAACCUCGUUGUUGUUGCUGGGGAUCGGAGGAAUGAGUCUUCGGACAAAGAAGAGAGGGAUGAGCUUAAGAAAAUGUACGAGCUCAUAGAAAAAUAUAAGUUAAACGGCGAGCUUAGGUGGAUUGCUACUCAACUAAAACGAGAGUUAAGUGGAGAAUUGUACAGGUAUAUAACUGAUACAAAAGGAGCCUUUGUUCAGCCUGCUUUGUAUGAAGCCUUUGGACUAACUGUUGUUGAAGCAAUGACCUCCGGUAUGCCAACUUUCGCUACUUAUCAUGGCGGUCCUGCUGAGAUUAUAGUUCAUGGCAAGUCCGGUUUUCAUAUUGAUCCUUACAAAAGCGAUGAAGCAACUAAACUCAUUGUAGACUUCUUCGAGAAGUGCAAAAUCGAUCCUGCUUAUUGGGAACUUGUUUCGAAAGGUGGACUACAGCGGAUUCAAGAGAAAUAUACAUGGAAGAUGUACUCAAAGAAGUUACUCAAACUUUCUGCGGUUUAUGGGUUUCAGAAGUAUGCUUAUAAGUCAGAUAAACGGAAGGCGAACCGCUAUAUUGAGAUGUUUUUGGCACUAGGAUUUAACAAGAUGGUGGAAACAGUUCCUCUUGCUGUGGAAGAGUAGAUGUGAAGGGAUUUGGUGGACUGUUAAGAGCAUUGUUAAUACUAGGAGGGUGUUAUUAUUACUUUCUAUGUGUUUUUGAUUUUUGUAUGUUUUGAAAUUUUGGUUUCCUAUUUGUUCUUCCUAGAUGGUUUCAACCAAUAGUGUAUUUAUACUAAGAGAACUGAAUUUUAAUAUAAUAAAACCAUAUUAUAUUUGAUUUCCUAUGCAAAACAACUAUGUAUAAUCUCACAUAACUAUAUUUAUUAUUCAAGAUUUGUGAAUGUAAAAGUAAAAGUGCGAGAACACUAAACAUUAUAAAGUAAUAUUGUCAUUAUAAGGUGCAUUGAUAUGAAGCGUGUUGAGCAUGGGAUAGGGUGUUAAA